AUGUCUUGCCCUGAUUGUUUCUCUGGCUCCGUCCACGAGGGCAAGCCCCGCGGCGAAAUCGUCAAGCUGCAGGGCCUUGACGCCUACUCUGUCGGCCCGGCCGAUGGCCGCACCCCAAGGGCCAUAAUCGUCAUCAUCCCGGACGCCUUUGGCUGGGAGUUUGUCAACAACCGCCUGCUGGCCGACCACUACGCCGACCGCGGCGACUACAAAGUCUACCUGCCCGAGUUCAUGCUGGGCAAGGCCGCCUCUGCGUCGGCCAUUCCCAUCAUGCGCUCCGCCAUGAACAGCAGCGCCCUCAUGAAACCGAUUCACAUCGCCCGCGCCUUGCCCGGCAUGGUGCCCUUCCUCAUGACCAACCGCAUCGGCAAGUCCUAUCCGCGCGUCAAGGCCUUCUUCGAGGCGCUGCGCAUCGCCGAGGGCCCGGACGCCAAGAUUGCCGCCGCCGGGUUCUGCUGGGGCGGCAAGCACGUCCUGCUCAUGUCACACAACGUCACAGUCGACAUUGACGGAAAGCCCACGCCGCUCCUCAACGUUGGCUUCGUCGGCCAUCCCAGCUUCAUGGAGGUGCCUGCCGACGUCGCCGACACCAUGACGGUGCCCGUGGCCUUUGCCGUGGGCGACCUCGACGCUAACCUGCCCAAGGACACGGUCGAUGAGAUCCGCAAGAUUGUCGAGGCCAAGCCGGCGCCCGCCACCGGCGAGGUGGUGGUCUACAAGGACGCCGGCCACGGCUUCUGCGUGCGCGCCGACUCGUCGCUCAACGACGUCGCCAAACAGGCGCUGGCCGCUGAGGAGCAGUGCAUAGCUUGGUUCAACAAGCAUCUCGGUCUGUAG